AUGGUCACAAAGCAGCUUGGCCACUGCUGGCAGCACAAGGAACGGUGGUACAGCUUGCUGGGUUUAAUUCUUGGUGCCCGCAGCAAGAUAGGUGUUAGAAUGUCUGAACAUGGGAAGAAAACCAGAAAGCUCCUCCUUGUGCCAAAGAAAACCAAAUCAGCCAGGGCUGGUCUGCAGUUCCCCGCAGGUCGUGUCUACAGGCUCCUUAAAAGAGGGAACUACGCUCACAGGAUCGGUCCGGGCGCUGCCAUCUACCUGGCUGCGGUGCUGGAGUACCUGAGGGCGGAGAUCCUGGCGCUCGCUGCAUGGGAAAACAAGAAAGCCAGGAUCCUGCCCAGGCACAUCCAGCUGGCCGUGAGAAAUGAUGAUGAGCUGAACAAGCUCUUCUCCUGCGUAACCAUCGCUCAAGGAGGGGUGUUACCUAAUGUUCUUCCUGAACUUCUUCCUAAGAAGACCGUCUCUCUAAAACCACCCCACAAAUAUGUCCAGUCACAGGAGUUCUAG